AUGGGGAAGAAAGGUGGAGCGAGGAAGAGGAAGAAGGGGCACGACGACGACGAGGAGCUCGUCAACCUCAUCUUCUCCUGGUCCCUCCAAGACGUCGCCAACCAGGACCUCUUCAGAGACAAGGUGAACACGAUACCUGACAGGUUCUUCGGCCUGAAGAGCUACCUGGACUCGUUCAGGGCCCCGUUGCUGGAGGAGAUCCGAGCGGAGAUGAGCUCCGCCUUGGACCCGCAACCCAAUGGCUCCAUCCCCGUGGAAAUACGGUCGCUGGUUAGCCUCGCUCCCAAGGGAGCCAAGGGCGUCAAGAAGAUCACCCCGUUUUACCGCGUCGCCGUCUCCGGCCGCCGCGGUGCUUGUUCCCCAUGCAUCGGCGACAUAGUCGCGCUCUCGGCGGCGACACCGCUUCGGCCGCCGCAGCAUGCGAGCGACGGCAUUCCCUACUGCCUCGCCCACGUCAAAGACGUCACCAGCAAGUGCAGCUUUGUGGUUAGAGCGUCCAAGGUAAUAGAAGAUGUGACCUGCUACGCGUUCGUUGUCAGCUUGCUCAGCUUCAUACCCUACGCGCGCAUCUGGCGGUGCCUCAACUACGAAGCCGCCGUCGAGAGCAAUGCAGACCUCGUCAAGGUCAUCGCCGGCGUUAACACCAUGCAGGGCACUUCCCUGACCGGCGGCACCGGCGUUCUGCUGACGGCCGGCACGCUAUCUCCGUUCGGGCUCAACGAGUCGCAAGCCGACGCCAUUCUGAGCUGCGUUUCGGCGGUGCAGUGCGGCGGCGCGAGCAGCAGGUUCAGCCUCAUCUGGGGUCCGCCUGGCACGGGCAAAACAAAGACCAUCAGCGUGCUUCUGCUGACGGUGAUGACGAUGACGGCGAGAAGCCAGAGCAAAUGCCGGGUCCUGACAUGCGCGCCGACGAACACAGCAAUCUGCCAGGUCGCAUCCCGCCUCCUGGCGUUGAGGAAGCAGCACCCGAACGCCGGCGCCGGGGGGUGCCACGGCGAUCUGCUGCUGUUCGGCAACAGGAAGCGCAUGGCCAUCGACAAUGAUCUCAACGAGAUCUUCCUGGACACUCGUGUGAAGCGGCUAAGCAAGUGCUUCUCGCUGGCGACGGGCUGGAAGCCGGGUCUCCUGUCACUGGAAGUCUUUCUGACAGAUCCGAUAACCCUGAAAUACCAGUAUCAGCUAGCACGCGAGAAGAAUACUAGCACAAAUUUACCAGAGUCUUCCUUCGUCAGGUCAAGGUUCCACGAGAUCUCCCAGAAGCUUAGCGCGUGCUUCAGAACGAUCAUGUCACACGUCCCUAGAGACAUCAUCCUGGGGAAGAACUGCGAGAACAUCGCUUCGCUGACCAAGAUGCUGGGCGACUUCAGCAAGCUGCUCGGCGGGAAGAACGCCGGGAACCAAGUCGUGACGGACGUGUUCAUGCGCACGGCGACGGGAGAGCAACGCCAUGGUUCAGAGACAGCUCGCGCCCUUAGGCGGAGCAUGGCGGCGAUCCUGGGCGUCACGAGAGCUCUGGCGCGAGACCUGAAGCUUCCUCGCACGCGCCAUGGUCGCGCGAUCAAGAAGUUCUGCCUUGGAAGUGCCUCCCUUGUUUUCUGCACCGUGUCUGGCUCGGCGAAGCUGAACGAGCAGAAGAUGGACCUGCUUCUGAUCGACGAGGCUGCGCAGCUGAAGGAAUGCGAAUCCCUCGUCCCGUUGCAAGUCUCCGGGCUGAAGCACGCAGUCCUUAUCGGCGAUGAGUGCCAGUUGCCAGCAACAGUGAAAAGCAAGGUUUCAGAUAGUGCAUUGCUGGGUAGGAGCCUGUUUGAAAGACUAGGUUUACUUGGACACAAGAAGCACCUCUUAAACAUGCAAUACAGGAUGCACCCUUCCAUCAGCGUCUUCCCGAACCUCAGUUUCUACGACAGGCAGAUCUUGGACGGCCCCAACGUGACACAGACGACGCACGAGCUUAGCUACCUUCCAGGCGCGAUGUUCGGGCCAUACUCGUUCAUCAACGUCGACGGCCGGGAAGAUCGCGGCCGAAGCAAGAGGAACAUGGCCGAGGUGGCCGCCAUCCUGGAGAUACUGCGCAGUCUCAAGCAAGCUUGUGCCAGCGCGGGGCAGGUGGUCAGCGUGGGCGUCAUAUGCCCGUACGCCGCGCAGGUGGAUGCGAUUCAGGGGAGGAUAGGCGACGUGAAGAAGAUGCGGCCCCUGGUUCUUCGCGUCAACUCCGUGGAUGGGUUCCAAGGCAGCGAGGAGGACGUCAUCAUCCUCUCCACCGUCAGGUCCAACGCCACGGGCUCCAUCGGCUUCCUCUCCAACCGCCGACGCGCCAACGUCGCCCUGACGAGGGCAAGGCACUGCCUCUGGAUCCUGGGCAACGCGACGACGCUGAGCGGCAGCGGCUCCAUCUGGGGCGAGCUGGUCCAGGAUGCCGUGGAGCGUCGGUGCUUCUUCGACUGGGACGAUGGUGGCGCGGGCGCCUCUCGGGCCAUUUCUCACCGCGCUCGCCUGAUCGGGCCUGAACGCGGUGGAGCAGCUUCAGCUUUUGACACGCAGCCGGUGGGGUGUGAAGCAGACAUUAUCUCUGACGCGCUAGGUUCCUUGCGACUCGCUUAGCGAGUGCACCACCGGUGGAGGCGUGGAGAAGUGGCGAUUUGUUCUGUUUUGGUCAUUUGGGCGUGCCUCGGCGUAGUGGUCAAGCGAUCAUGUAUGGACGGCAGCCCUAUUUUUCCGGCUCACUUGAUGAAUCUGUAACUUAACUAGGUAAUUGCUGGUGCCUUGCAACAAUAUACACUGUUAAAUGUUGUUAUGUCAA